AUUUACGUGGCCUUUGAAUUCUUCAAGACGCCAUUCACAUCCAGGAGGGGCAGCGGGAUGCGGUGGUCCGACUGUCAGCUUCGCCUAUUCCUACAAUGUCCCUAACGAUUUCAAGUCUCUUCUGUGAUUUUCCUGGACAGGAGGAUGUCGUGGUAGAGAAACCGAGGCUCAAAUCAGAUAAUGGCUUGCAAGUUCCGGGUAAGAGGAUGAUUCUAAUUGAAAAUUAGUCCCAACUCUCUGACUCUGGAAAUGCCCAGGCAUUAGGAAAUGCAGUGCCUGUCGCCUCGCCAGCCUCGAGGACUCGCCUCACUGACAGCUCGGAGCCGGCGAUUCGGGUGACCACAGGGGUGACCUUGGAAGACCCGGGACUGGAAGACUCGCCUAUUCCCCCCAACGCGGCACCAGGCGGCGCAGCAGGGUCUUGGGGGACACUGCGCCUGCGCGCCUGGCGCACAGUUCCGGGAAACUUCACAGUUUCCGUCAGACUCCUCCAGCAGCAUGAAGACCAGCGAGGACGACAAAGGAACGGCCAGCCACGGCCCGCGAAAACUAGGACUCUGCGUCCUCUGCGGCCUCCCUGCAGCAGGAAAAUCGACGUUCGCGCGGACCCUUGGCCACCGGCUGCAGCAGGAGCAGGGCUGGGCGGUGGGUGUCGUCGCAUACGAUGACGUCAUGCCGGACGCGUUCCUGGAAGAAGCGAGCGCACCACCAUUGCCAUCCCAGUGGAAAUUGCUUCGACAGGAACUGUUGAAGUACCUGGAAGGCUUCCUGAUGGCUGUCAUUAGCCAGUGUCAGAUGUCGGCCCCUCCCAACAGGACUGAAGCCAUGUGGGAAAAUUUUAUUACAUGCUUAAAGGAUCAAGAUCUGAUAUCUUCUGCCAUGCGUGAGGCCCAGUCUUGCUACCUCUUAACGAAGCUUGCAGUUUCCAGACCUUUGGUUUUGAUUUUGGAUGACAACUUUUAUUAUCAAAGCAUGAGAUAUGAAGUCUACCAGCUGGCUCGGAAAUAUUCAUUAGGCUUUUGCCAGCUCUUUUUAGAUUGUCCUCUUGAGACCUGUUUACAGAGGAAUGGCCAGAGAUCAAGAGCACUGCCUGCUGAGACCAUUCACCUCAUGGGAAGAAAGAUAGAAAAGCCCAGCCCCGAGAAAAAUGCUUGGGAACACAACAGCCUCACAAUUCAGAGUCCAGAACGUUCUUCUGAAGUCAGCCAGGAAGUGACUGAUUUAUUGCUUACUGCUUUGGAAAAUCCAGUAAAAUAUGUUGAGGACAAUGUGCAACAAAAGGAAACAGACAGAAUUAUUUGUUCAACCAGUGUUCUCCAUCAAGCUGAUCAGACACUCCGAAGAAUUGUCUCUCAGACAAUGAAGGAAGCAAAAGAAGAACAUGUGCUUCCUUAUAACUUGAAGCUUCUAGCUGAAGAACUGAACAAGCUCAAAGCGGAGUUUUUGGAAGAUCUAAGGCAAGGAAACAAUAAAAAAUAUCUGUGCUUUCAACAAACCAUCGAAAUAUCAGAUAUCAUUUCACUUUUUCAUUAUGAAAAAGAUAACAUUGUACAGAGGUAUUUUUCAAAACAGCAUUAAAAUUUCUGAAUUUCCAAUCAAGGGUCUGAUUUUAAUAUGCUUUUGCAAACUAAUUAAAACAAAUGGUUUUGUAUUACUAGCUGUUUUCUAGACCAAUAAAGUUAAAAGAAAUCAGUCCAUCCCAA